AUGGUUCAAGGUUCCCAAACUGGGCUGGCCAAGUACUCGGGCUUUGUAGCGUUUGUUCUCUUCAUUUCGUAUUUUUGCAAGGUACUGGUCGUAGCCAUCGACGAGAAUAAUGACGUGAAACUCAACCGACGAAUUUUCAGUUUGGGCCCGGGCAAUCACUCGCCGUAUUAUAGUGUCAAGCGACCGAUCCUGAAUGUGUUUGACUAUUUCUUUGGCGUCGUAAUACACUACCAAUAUUCGUUCUCGAUAUUCCGUCAACUCGCAAGGAAUGAAAAGAUCUCGCUGGGGAUCGUAGGAUGCUUGAACCUUGCGUUUCCAUGCAAUUGUAGGGUAAGUAUCGGACACAGCACGCACUUCCAGCUCUGCGAAUUCCGUUUCAAUGUCCUCGUUUUCGAAGAAUUUACUCGAGACCAGAUUGCUGAUUUCCACCACCAUUUCGCCCAAAAGAUCGGCUUUUUUACGGGUGACCUUAUUGGCGUCGCGGAGCUGUUUGGCGGUAUACGUAGGCUCGGGUGGACGAUACGACGACUUGAGUGGUGA